AUGUCGGACGGCCGAGGCGAAGCGUUGGACGCGGAGGCUGUGAGGAAGGAUGAGGUCCCCACAUCGGAGACUCACGACGCGUCUCCCUCCUUCACUGAAGUCGAUGGAGGAGAGAGAGAGAAAGGCCGAACCGCAACGAGUACCGCCAAUGCGCUUUCUCCCCUGGCAGCGGCCUCUUCUGCUCCCGACAACUGCGCAACUGACGGGUCAGUGGCACCGCGUAUGGAAGCAUCGUGCGCACAUGGGCGUGGAGAAGAAACUCGAGAGAUCUCUUCAGAAGAAAGCGAGAUGAAGGAAGACAUCAACGGGGACAGGAGCGCUCUCUCCCAGAAGGAUGCAUACAGUGAAAAUGGCAGUGAGCACGAGAGUGAGGAUGCCGAAGACGAUGGAGACUUGAAGCAGAAGGGCCUUGUGCUUUUUGAAAAACGAGACUUUGAGGGAGCAAUCGAUUGUUGGAAGCGCGGGCUGCGAGCGGUGAACUUUGUGCUGUCUAAAGACAUCGGGGACGCCGAAAAAACAAGGGAAUUUGAGAAGAUGAAACUGUCUUACCUUCUGAAUUUGUCGCUCGGCUCUCUAAAAGCGGAGCAAUUCGGUGCGUGCGUCCGCUACUGCGACGAUGUCCUCGACACCGAUCCCUUCCACCUCAAGGCUCUGUUUCGCAAAGCCCAGGCUUUGCACAGUUUGGGUCGUUUAGAGGAUUCGCUGGCCAUGGUGGAGAGUCUGUUGGACGCGCAUCCGAACAAUCCGGCUGCGGUGUCUCUGGAGCAGAAGCUGAAGCGUGAACUGCACGCGUACCGGAAGAAGGAGCGUCAGAUGGCGAAGGUGAUGCUCGAGAGUAUGGAUGCAGAUCCGCGUUCAAACAGUGUCCCCCAGGCAGCCGGGUCAGUUGAAAAGAAAGGUUUUUUCAAUAGGGUGAAGUCAGCUUUUGGAUUUUCCAAAGAGGCCUCUUCGCCAGGGACGAGCCCGCAAGCGUCCUCUUCAGGGGCCUCUGCGUCACCUUCGCCCUUUCUGCCUUUCAGCGCCUUUCCGAGUUCGUCUGUAGCGGAUGCUGUGCGUCAAUUUGAAGGCGGAAAUGCCGAUAAUCCUUUCGCGUCGCUCUUUGAGUGUCGCUCGCCCUUCGGGGCGGGAGGCCCUCAAGACCCGCAGAGGUUAUCGCAGGACAUGCGGGACCUGCAGCGACUCAUGGAGUUGAAUCAGCGCCUGAUGCAGAGCGGAGACGACGCUGGAUUUUUCGAGAAAGUUCGCCUGGCCUGGGCCUUUUGCUGCUUCGCCGGUCGCGCCCUCUUCGACCGUGGAUGGGCUGCAUGCAAGCGCAGGUGUACAGACACCUGCAGCAGGCGGAAGCGACCCGCCGAGCCAUACUUCACAGUUUCCCCCCUAGGUCCCAAGGCUGCAGCUUCGCAGGUGCCCGCAGCGGGGUACGGCGUUCGUGACGCUUUCGCGGGAGAAUCUUCUCGUGGAAAGAAGACAGAGGAAAACACAGCGAGUGCGUCUCCAGCAUGCGGGCAGGAAUCCCAGGUUCCCCGAUUUGAAGAAGUGGAUGACGGAGCGAGAGUGGCGGAGUCAGCGAUAACAGGCGCAGCGGAAGGGAUUGGAAAAGAAGGCGGGAAAGGCAGUGGAAAGAGUGUUGCGCGGCGACGUCGUCGGCACCUCUAG